AUGGAUGAUGUAGAACUUGAUAGGCAGAUAAGGUCUCUCAACAAUGGAUCUCAGCAACUUGAUAACAUUCUGAGCAUGGGGAGAACCGACAGUGGUGCUACAGAUGUUCCUCAAAAACAAGAUGAGUCUAUGCAAUCACCAGGACACAUUUGCAAUGACCUUGGAACUGGUCAUAGCAAGAAUGUCAAGACCUCGAUGGCUGCUCGUGAGAUGAAGACUCACACUUCCUCAGGGUCCACUUUGGCUGCCGAGAAAUGA